AUGAACUUCAUUACUACUCAACAUGACUAUGUGCUGGACCUGCUCGAAGAUAUUGUCAAGUCGCAACACCAAGUUUCCACGGAUAUAAUCACAUGCUCGACUCGGGAAGACUUUCUGGACGAGGUUCUGGCCCUUGCACUUGCCCUUGAACACCGACACGAUGAUGAGCGGGAACUGGCACCCACCACUCAAUCGCAAGACGGAGGCAACCGUGAAAUGUUGCCCGCGGAACGCAUUCAUAUGCUUCUGACACCAACCCUGCAGUUAUUGAACGCGAGCCGGUUCUGCAACCUCGUCUUCUGCCCAACCACGACCGUUCUCCGGGGGUAUCUCGCCAGCUACUGCCCGGAAGUGGCCUCAGCUUCACCAGCCGAGUCUUCUAGCAAUGCUGUCCAUGGCCGGAUGAUCAUCCUCAAUCUCUUAGCGCUACACCACGGCACGUCUGAGUUUACUCUGCAAGGGCUCUCGCAGACCCUGGCGACUGCGGUAUCUGCGGCGCAUGGGGCGAAACGACGGCUGGAACUCGUCGAGUGCAAGGACGCUCGCGACCCGUCGAACCCGAGCCGUGGGCCGAUGCUGUGGCAGGCGGACGUCCAGUUACUCAGCGCAGCCAUCAAGAUAGGAGAAGGGGGGAGUAGUUGGGGUCGGCGCUCCAUUUCCGUCAUGACUCUUGCAUCAAGAUGGUUCCGAAUUCGACACGCCGUUUCAGCAAACGAGCAGGUUCGGCCAGAGUUGCGUCGGCACAAACGUGUAAAAUCCGAAGAUGAAAUGCUUGUCUGA